AUCUGCAAAGAUGUGAGAGUGUGUCCGGAAGCCCGGAGUUUCCGGAAGGUUGAGGGAGAUUUCCAGGCGAAUUGGAAUUCGGAGAGCACGGGGGUGCCUCCGUAGCCAAAUAGCCUGGUGGUUAAAAUCGGGAAGGGUUGACUUUUGGUGGAGAGGCGGAGACUCAGAGUAGGCGGCUCAGGGUUGAUGCUGCGUGUCAGGUGGUGGCUGCAGGAUCGGCGGCGGCGGCGGCAGCGUCAGCAGCAGCAGCAGCAGGGGCAGCAGCAGGAGCACUUUUUUGCAGGGGCCCAGCACCAGGCACCGCUGUGCGGGCGCUGCGCUGGGAUGCGCCGGGCUGCCUCGCUUUGCAGAGCGCGCGCCCAGCGCUCCCCCUAAUCUGCUAGUGCUCUGGCUCCCUGGGGAUGAGCGCAACGGAGAGGUUAAUAUGCGUUUGUGAUGCUACCUUGAGGGAGGGAGAGGCGUUCCUCCUAAUUUUUUUACCUGCUUGGUGAAAACGCUUUGAUCCGAAAUGACAGGGAAGCAUGGAAGAUAGCAACAUGGAAAAGAAACUGCAGGGGAGUAAAAGAGGUUCUUCCCAAAGAGAAAUCCCCAUCCCACCAGCCGCGCUGCUGCUGCUUGUCAUGGUCCUUAUGAACAUCCUCCUCUAUCUCUACCUUGAUCAUGUUUUUGUUUCUCCUCUGCCCUCUGGUGUGGAGGCCCGUCCAUGUCCCUUUGGUACCUUCCGUAUGGGACAAAUGAAAAAUUGUUCCCCUUGGCUAUCCUGUGAAUCCCUGAGAACAGCAGUCAGGAAGCUGAAACGUGUUGGGGAAGGAGCUGUGAAAAGGGUCUUCCUUUCCGAAUGGAAGGAACAGAAAGUUGCUCUUUCCCAGCUCACCAGUCCAGAGAUGAAAGAAGAUUUCCUCCACGGCGUGAAGAUGCUCAAGGCCUUACAGAGUGAACACGUGGUCUUGCUGAUUGGCUGCUGUGAAGAUGACGGCACUCUUCUUACCGAAUAUCAUCCCUUGGGUACUUUGAAGACUCUGGAAGAAACAUUAAACCUCCCUAAAUAUCAAAGCCUGAACACCUGGCAUCACAGAUUGAAACUGGCAAUUAACUAUGUAAGUAUCAUUAACUAUUUACAUACCAGUCCCCUGGGUACGUUGGUGAUGUGUGACUCAAAUGACUUAGACAAAAUGCUUUCUCAGUACCUGUUGGCAAGCAAUUUUCAUAUUGUGGCAAAUGACCUGGACGCCCUGCCUGUUGUCCACAAGAGUAAUGGGACCCUGAUCAAAUGCGGCCACAGGGAACUUGUGGGAGAAUUUGUAGCCCCUGAGCAACUGUGGCCUUAUGGAGAGGAAACACCGUUUGAUGAUGAGCGUAUGCCACCAUAUGAUGAGAAGACAGACAUCUGGAAAAUACCCGAUGUCACCAGCUUCCUUUUGGGGCAUGUGGAAGGGAGUGAUGUUGUCAGAUUCCAUUUGUUUGAGAUCCACCAGGCGUGUAAGAAGAAGAAUCCAGAGGAAAGGCCUUCAGCCCAGGAGGUCCUAGACGCUUACCGAAGGUUUUAAAUUCUCUUAGAGACACAGUCUUGCCUGGGGUAAGAGAAAUGUUGUGAAAACGAGACUAAUCAGUGAGAGGUGGGCCCUGAUGAUCUAAUGGAAAAAUACAAGCUGCUUUUCUCAGCUGA